UUCACAAGCUGUACCUAGGUAGGAAAGCUCGAUCUUUUAACGAUUCAAAUAUCCCGUUGGCCUGCGCCUGCCUAAUCCGAUAACCUGACAUACUCAGGCCGCGACUUCUUACCUCAGGAAAUAGUUACUCGAUACACAUCGACCGCUCCGCGAGCUACACACCGCCCGAGACCCCGUCAUGGCGCCUCCUGCUGGCAAGCGCGUCAAAGGCGUGCAGAUCUACCGGCCCUUCAUAUACGGCACCACCGCCCGCCCCUUCAACGACACCGACAACCCGCGGCCCCCGGGCAUCCCCGCCGACCACACCCACUCGUGGCAGGUCUUCGUCAAGGGCAUCGACGGCACCGACAUCUUCUACUGGCUGCGGCGCGUCCAGUUCAAGCUGCACGAGUCCAUCCCGAACCACCUGCGCACCAUCGACGCCGAGACCAUCGCCAAGGAGAACGAGGGCAAGCCCGCCGCCCAGCGCCAGCGCGCCUUCGUCGUCAACGAGACCGGCUGGGGCGAGUUCGAGAUCACCAUCCGCCUCUACUACGACAGCCGCUCCGCCGAGAAGCCGCAGACGCUGUACCACCACCUGCGCCUGCACCCGUACGGCCGCACCGAGGCCGAGAAGGAGGCGAUGCGCAACGGCGGCGAGGUGGUCGCCUGGGUGUACGAGGAGCAGCUCUUCAACGAGCCGUUCGAGGACUUCUACAAGGUGCUGACGUCGGGCGCGCGCGACAAGGCCGGCGGCGCGGCCGGCGGCAAGGGCAAGGGCAAGGGCAAGGCGGCCGCGGCCGCCGACGGCGACGGCGAGGUCAAGGAGCGCAGCGCCAUGAUCCCGCUCGCCAACCGGCCCGGCCAGCCGUUCAGCCGCGAGACGGAGCAGCUCGAGAUCAAACGCCUCCGGGAGGCCGAGGAGAAGGUCAGCCAGAUGGUCGCCGAGAUGGACCGCACCAUCAAGGCCAAGGAGGCCGAGCUCGCCGAGCUCAAGGCCGCCGCCGCGGCUGCCCCCGGCGCGUAGGACGUCCCCCGGGGAAGCCAGGGCGACGAAGCCUCUCAAAGCACCACGACGAGACCCAAGCGCAACCGCCGCAAGCCCAGGCGCUGGUAAAGAGGGGGAAGGUACGGUGGCCUCGCCCGCUCUACCGCAUCGCGGGCGCGGCGACAGCGGCGAAAAACCACAAGAAGAAAAAGGGCGGCGAGUAUAGAUAGCCUUGCC